AUGGCGAACGCAGAGUCGAUCCGCAAGUCGUUUCGCUCAACUACAGAAUUUCUUAACGAUUUGAACAACGAUUUGUCGCCCCCCUUUCAAUUGGACCUUCAAGAUCCUGACGGGUUGUCAGGUACCGUUCACUCUCCAGAUGUGACACACUUUCUCUUUUUGAUGCAUGGUCAUAGGGGUCAGAGCAAAGAUUUGGCGUACAUGCACACAGUUAUGGAGAGAAUUGCUGGAACCAAAAAGAAACGAAUGUCUCGUGUGGCCAGUCCUUCUCGCAGCAAAAACAAUAAAAUCUCAGGAACGGAUUCAGACCCAGUGAAACAUGACAUGUUAGUCCACAAUACCGUGUCCAAUGAGCACAAGACUGAGGAUGGCAUCCAGAAUGGAGGUGAUAGACUAGUGGAAGAAAUGCGCCAAGUAAUCGAAGGUGAAAUGAAGAAACGACACCCUAACUCCAAAGACGUCUUUGAUAUCACCAUUUCCAUUCUUGGAAACUCGUUGGGUGGUCUCUAUGGUCGAUACGCCAUAGCUAAGCUUGUGGAGCGACACUGUAUCAAAGAUGGCAAUGGCAAAGGUGGUGAUUCCUGUUGGAUGUUGGAUGGAAGAUACAGGUUACACCUCAAUGUCUUUUGCACGACAGCGACCCCUCAUUUAGGCGUUUCCAAGCACACAUUUCUGCCAAUUCCAAGAACUGGCGAAAUCGCUGUUGCGACAAUCAUGAAGGACACUGGAAAGGAUCUAUUUCGAAUGAAUGAUCUGUUGCACAAGAUGGCCACGUGUCCGACAUAUCUUCGGCCACUUGCCAAUUUCAGAAAGAGGAUCGCCUAUGCCAAUGCAUUCAACACAGACUUCCCAGUUCCUACUGCCACUGCGGCCUUUCUGAGUGAAAAUUCUACUUAUCCUCACUAUUUUGAGGACGACUCGUUAAUUGUGGAACCAGAAAGGACACCGAAAAGCCAAAGCAGAAAGAGAUCACCUGCGAGAGGCAACAGUCCAGAACGGGCCAAGAAAAAGCUGUUUGUUGCCUCUCUAUAUACACGAACACUGGAGGAUAACCAAGACGAAAGAUCCGAUAGCAUGCAAACCGAUUAUGAUGGCAAGAAACACAAGGAUGAAUUCCAUCACAUGUCGGAAUGUCUCGACCAGUUGGGUUGGAAGAAAGUCUUUAUUGACAUACGCAGUGAACUCCCCACAGUUGAAAUCCCAAAGGGUUUUAUCAAGAAGCGGAAAGAAUUAUCCAAGGAGACCGAAGACGAGUCGGCGUCGUCGUCGUCCAGAUGCAUCCAUUCGCUCAAACGGCAACGAACGACAUUGUCCUCCAGAGACUUGGCCUCGGCAGUGGCACAGAACAACGACAAUCGAUUCUCUUGGCCACUGGGGCACAAUAUGAUUGUUGCGUUUUCUAGGACUCGCAUGAGCACGUUAAUGAACAGGGGAGGAAGGCCAGUGGUGGAUGCCGUUGCCAAAGAACUGGUGGAAGAUAUCUUUGCCUGGGAGGACGGUGGAAAGAAAUCUACCACUCAAUAA